AUGCCAAGGCUUGUAACCGGAUUUUCUCGUCCCGAAACCUAUGUCUACAACGAUAGCUCCUACACCGCUCAGACUCAGCCUUCCAAAUGUCUGCAAGAUGACCAGAUGACUGGAGGAUUGGAUUGCGGGCCUGGUUCCUCGGAAGACUGUCUGUUCCUCAAUGUCUUUUUUGCACCUGCGAAGAUCAUCUCAGAGGCCAAGCUACCUCUUAUGGUCUGGAUGCAUGGAGGUUCUCUCACUGCCGGGUCUGUCUUCCUCUACAAUGGAGCGAGCUUCAUUGCGUAUAGCCAAGAAGUCAACAAACCCAUCAUUCACGUCGCUCUGGACUAUCGUCUCGGUGUCUUUGGAUGGGGCAUGGGCUCUGGUUUUGCGGAGCAAAAUGCUACCAGUCUGGGUCUCCAGGACAUCAAAAAGUUUCUUCUUUGGGUGGAGGAGUAUAUCGAAGCCUUUGGAGGUGAUCCUGAACAGGUCACGGUAUAUAGCGAAUCGGCCGGUGCUAUUGCCACUUCCCUUCUGUUACUCGACCCCUCGACGGACUUGCUGUUUAAGCAAGCCGUGACGGCGCUCAAUCCACCCAGCCGCUUGGCCCGAGCAACUCCACCUCUCCUCCUCGCUUCCAACUGCUCCAACAGCAACGGAUCCUCCCCUUUCGAAUGCCUUCGAAAUCUCUCCGGUGAAGAGCUUCCUGCAGCUCAGAUCAGCCUCAAGAACCAGAGCCAAUUUCGGGCAGGCGGCAUCUAUGGGCCAUCCGUCGAUGGGGAUUUGAUCCCUGAUUCUCCGCAUGAGCUUCUCAGGCAUGGCCAGGUUGCGGACAAGCCAUUCAUCACUGGAUGCAAUAAAGACGAAGCCACUGAGUUCAUCCCAACGUCGGUUUCGGGCGAGGCGUUCGGCGAAGUACUCUUCAAGUCCUUCUACCCAGCUGAUCUCAGCCCUCAGACUCUCAAGAAACUCACACAAGACUACUAUCCCAACGACCCAGCCCUUGGCUCACCAUUCGACACUGGCAACGAGACAUUCGGCCUUGACCCUUCCUUGAAGCAGUUUGCUGCCAUACUCGGAGACGCCCUCUUCCAAGCUCAACGUCGACACUUCCUUCGUCAAGCAAACUCUCACGGGAACGCAAAGACAUGGACAUAUCAGUUCGAACAGCCGAUCAAAGAUAUGCCUGCUUAUACCGGAGUACAUCACACGGCUGAGAUCGCAUACGUCUAUGGCACUGCCAAGCCCGAGAUGGGUCUCCCUCUGGCUGGGUUCGCACCAAAGUACACGGGGGCCGAUACUAGUCUUUCCGAACAGAUCAUGGACUACUGGCUCAACUCCGCCUAUGACUCCGAUCCAAACGGAUUGACUGAUAGCUCGUCGUCCGACGCUACCUACUGGUGUGCCCACAAUGUGAAUGACAAGCAUAUCCUCCGCCUCAUCGCCGACAACACGAUUACACGACCGCUUUCAAAGAUGAUUUCCGAGAAGAGGGUAUGA